AUGUCCUUACACUUAGAAAAAUGGGUUAUACAAUCAAAAACCUGCCCGACGUGUCGUAAUAGAUGUACCAAAAGAGAUAUUAUCAAACUUUUCUUCGACUGCAGUCGAAGUGAUGAUUGCAAUACCAGUAAUCACCUUACCGAUGAUCCACAGCAAUUAAGGAUGCAACUAGAUAAAUACAUAGCUAUCUACGAGAAAAGAGAUAGCCAAUAUCAAAAAAUCUUGAACGAAAACCAGGAUUUAGAAGAAGAAUUAUCAAAUCUUAAAGAUACAUUGAAAACAACAAAAUUAGCACUUAGAGAUUACAAGAAAAUUAACAAAGAUUUAAAGGAGCAACAAGAAGAGACGCUAAGAAAGCUUGACCAAGCAAGCUUUGUUGCCAGCCAGUCUAAUAUGUUGCAUGAGAAACUACGUCGAUUAGAUGGAUUACGAAGUAUUCUAGAAUCAAAUUCUGAUGAAGUAGACAAAAUGAUUAAACACGUGGGGGAAGGUCCUGCUGCUAUCGAGCAACUAUGCACUUAUAUUUCGUCCUUGAAAAAAGAAUAUGAAAAAUUAAAAGAAUCCAAGAAAUUUAUUAAGUCAGAAAAAUACAACUUAGAGAUAGAAUUAAGAAAAUAUAUUAAACUUUCAGAAAAUGCAAAAUCAGAUUUAGAAGAUAUGAAGAAGCGUUUCACUGCCGCAUCUCAAAAACUUGAACAAUAUAAAUUGGAAAAUGGGGUGUUACAGAAGAAACUGAAAAUUAUUAACAAUAAAUUAAGAAAUUUUAAGAAACAAGAUAUCUCAUCUAUGCAGAAAAAAAUGCUAACUUUACAUGACUCGCCAGUAGAAAUUGAUUUCCUCGAGAAUUCGGUCGAUGACGAAGGAAGUUCGAUAUCUAGAACAAAUGAAUUAAGAUCAGCCAAUGAAACCUCUUCUAGUCUAAGAGCUAUCGCGAACAAGUAUCUAAGUGGGUUUCCGUAUGGUUUUGACAGAAACGGAUUACGCUUCGUCGAUGCUGUUGAUAUGACUAGCGCAAGAACUAGAGUCGACAUUAAACGUAUUUCCAUUCGUAAAUGUUUCCUUAAUUUUUUAUUCCAACGUCAAACUUUGCUGACAUUGUCUCACGCUAGAAGAAGGAAUACAAAGGUUGUACGUUUUGGCUUUAACGGCUUAGGCGGACAUAGUAAGGUUUUACAUCUCGUAUCCGAAAAUAUUUUAGCUUAA